AUGUAGGUGCCGGAAAAAAAAUUUAGAACUUUGAAUUUGGGAACUAAACACGGGGUACUUGCACCUCGGUUUCCAAUCACAGGAUGCUUCCACCCUGCUUCCUUCCACCCCGGCCCUCCAUAUAUAUCUCGUUGCUCCGCGCACCAGCCUACCUCUUCACCUACCUCCCCCCUCUCUAGUGGUGUUGCUUAUAGCUUGCUGUCAGGGUCUAACAGUUGCAUCUGCAUGGAAGGGCUGACGGGCGAGCAGAGGCUCGCGUUCCAGGAGGCUUUCUCGCUCUUCGAUAAGAACGGCGAUGGAUGCAUCACCAUGGAAGAGCUGGCCACGGUGACUCGUUCCCUUGGCCUUGAUCCUAGCGAUCAGGAGCUCAGCGACAUGAUGAGCGAGGUUGAUACAGAUGGCAAUGGGAUCAUAGAUUUCCAGGAGUUCCAGAGCCUCAUUGCCAGGAAGAUGAAGGAUGGUGAUGGUGAUGAAGAGCUGAAGGAAGCAUUUGAGGUCCUAGACAAGGACCAGAAUGGCUUUAUCUCCCCAAACGAGCUGAGGGCAGUGAUGACCAAUCUUGGGGAAAAGAUGACCGAUCAGGAGGUUGAGCAGAUGAUCAGGGAAGCGGACACUGAUGGCGACGGGCUGGUGAACUAUGAUGAGUUUGUGCUUAUGAUGAAGAAUGCUGAACGGAAGAUAUCUGGGUGAAGGAGAUGUAAUGUGAAACCACUAGUCCUCAGGUUGGAUGGUUCUGUUAUAAGUUCUGUAAAUUAUAACUGUACGUUCAGUUUAAGUUCUGUGAAGUGGUGGAUUCCCCUAAUCCUCUGUGUGUUACAAGGCUAGCUUGCAGUUUGUAAGGUUGUGAUUUGUUUCAUUCUAGAGUGUUAGCAAUGUGACAUGAAUUCAGAUUUUAAAAUACCACAUAUGUGAAGUUUAUAUGUAACAACGUUUAUAGGUUCUUGAAACUAUGUUAAGAAUCCAUA